AUGGUGCACGUGAAUGUCCUGGCUGAUAUUUUCAAGAGCAUCAACAAUGCCAAAAAGAGAGGCAAAUAUCAGGUUCUUAUUAGUCCAGAUUCCAACGUCACUGUCCGGUUUCUAACUGUGAUGAUGAAGCAUGGUUACACUGGCAAAUCUGAAAUGGCCAAUGACCACAGAGCUGGAAGAAUGGCGAACCUCACUGGCAGGUUAAACAAGGAUGGAGUGAUCAGCCCCAGAUUUGAUGUGCAACUCAAAGAUCUAGAGAAAUGGCAGGAUAAUCUGCUCCCAUCCCCUCCGUUUGGUUUCACUGUGCUGACAACCUCAGCUGGCAUCAUGGACCAGGAAGAAGCAAGGCAGAAACCUACAGGAGAGAAGAUGCCGUCAUUCUUUCUCUAG